UGCCCCCUGUGCUGGUUGUUGUAGUACCACGUACCUUCUGCCUCCCUUCCCUUCUUCUUCUUCCUCUUCUUCUUGCUCGGGGCAGGUGCACCAACGCCAGGCUCACACAACAGCAGGCUGCCUGGCUUAACUCAACACCCCCCCCCCCCCAUUGCCCUUGCCCUUCCUCUUUGCCGCACUACUGCUCUCCUGGUUUUAAUUCGUCGUCUCGCGUCUUUGCAUCCCUCUUUCUCGUCUUCCCUUCCCUUCCUUUAGUGUGCGCCUCAGCUCUAACUUGGCGCCGUAGCUUCCUACUGGCUUGAGGGCGGAUUAGUAGAGUGGUCAAUGCUGUGGGAUGAAGGGAGCCGUGCGUGGCUGUGCAAGACGGUUUGGUACGGGGGAUUGGAGGAGGAGGAAGGGUGUGCGUUGUGGUGUGUAGGGGGGGGGGGGAGAAAGAGCGUGUGCUUAUGAGGUGGCGAGUUUCGUUCACAGCGGGUUUUGGUUGGAUGGUCUAGGGUUGUGUUGAUGCGUAUUGUUUGCGAGUAGGGGGGAGCGGUAGUGGCGGAGGGGGAAUUCGGUUGCUGAUUAUUCAAACUUGUCUUGAGUGAGCGGGCAGGGGUGGAGUCGAAUAGGGCAUGGGAGGGUGGUUGGUUCGGCGUGGAUGCUCUGAUGUGGAGGAGUUCGAGAAGGAGUGGCAAGUAGUGGUUGGCGAUUGUGGAGAGGAGUAGCUGCUGGGAAUGGCCUUGUGAGGAGUGAUAUCGCGGUUGUUGAGGUGUUCAGUUGCAAUGAAUAGGAGUUCGAAUAGGGUAUUUGUCGUUGGGAGGUGACUUGUUUUUAACGGUGCAGACUGGUAUUGGUUGUUGUCAUGCUUAGAUCUCGGAGGUAAGUAUGACCAAAGUUCCCCAUUGAAGGAAGCAGUAUUUUGUAUAACUAAGUUCAUCAGAAGGGGUUGAAGCUGCGUCAACCGUGUUGAAGAAUAUAUUUUCUUUUGACCAAACUCAGCACCGGCGAGUGGAGUGCCAUUGGUAACUUUCCAAGCGGGAGAGGUCGAGUUACAUGUGACACACAAUCUGUUUGAGGACUGCAUCAAUGUGCGGGAGCGAUGGGUGACGAUUUUUGAAGUAAUCCGAACAAAGACCUCGUAACCUAAAGGAUCUAGAUUUGAAGGAGAGAAAAAAAGCGCUCAGGAAGUUGGAGGGUCUGUUAUGCUCGACACAAUAGAAGGCGUUUUUUUUCAUUUGAUGAUUAUCUGUACCAAGGAUUCCUUCAUUCUCCGGUGCUCCUGUUGUGAAGAGGAGGCGUAAGUGCUUAUUUGCUUCGGCCUCUAGCGUUGGAUGAUUGUUUAGUUUUGAGACAAUAAGGGACGUUGAGAAUUGGUCAUCGUAGAGCGAAUCUGAGGGCGUUUCAUUGUUGGGAAGUGACUUGAGGCGGGGGGUCCUCAUGCAUAUAGAGCAUUUCCUAGCGAAGGAGCACGGCAGGAACUGUCGUAGGAUCUCAAUGCCGAUGCUCGCGACUGAUCACUUUGACAGGCUGCCUGACUCGCUGCUACUUGUGAUCUUCAACAAGGUAGCAGACAUUAAGGUUCUAGGGAGGUGCUGUGCUGUUUCGAAGAGGUUUCACUCUUUGGCACCAUUGGUGGACAACGUUGUGGUGAAGGUUGACUGUGUGAUUUCCGGAGAAGAGAAUGGUUUAAACGCUAGAGGCAGAGGAAUUAUCAGUCAUUUUGUACGGUUUGUUGUGGGAACUUUAGUAAAACCUCUUCAGGCCUUAACACAUCUUUUGGGACCAAAGAAGACUAUUCUUGCCGAAGUGUCUCAUCAUUCUCCGAGUGAGGUUUUGAAAAACUUCAAGGAGAUUCAGAACUUGAGAAUCGAAUUACCUGGUGGAGAACUUGGGAUCGAGGAUGGUGUGCUAUUGAAGUGGAGAGCUGAGUUUGGAAGUACUUUGGAGAGCUGUGUGAUACUUGGGGCUGCAUCGCUUGUGAAGGUGGAAAAAGAAAAAAAAACAGUUAAACUAGAGGGAGUUCGUCCUUGGUUUCUGAAUGGCAGAGACGAUGGAGCAUCUCAAGUAGCGGCCGAAGAUAAUAGCGAAACCCCAAGUAAUCUCGUGGAUGAAAGUGGUACGAUUCCUGAGUCUUUCUACACUGAUGGUGGACUGAAGGUAAGGGUCGUGUGGACCAUUAGCUCUCUUAUUGCUGCGUCUGCAAGACACUACCUUCUUCAGCAGAUUAUAUCUGACCAUCCGACACUUGAAAGCCUGGUUCUUACGGAUGCGGAUGGACAAGGUAUGCUGUGUAUGAACAAAGAGCAAUUGAGGGAAUUCCGAGACAAGCCUUUGGCAGCCUCUGCGUCAUCAAACAGGACUCAAGUGCCUGCUUUGAACAUGAAGCUAUGGUAUGCACCUUACUUGGAGCUUCCGGAAGGAACUGGUUUGAAAGGAGCAACACUGGUGGCUAUCAGACCUAGCGAGCAAUCUGCUCGCAAGGAAGCAGAGAAUUUUGUAUCGGGAGCUUUCGAAGAGCCUUUUAAGACUGCAACAAAUUUGCUGGUGAAGCGACGAACUUACCUUCUCGAGAUGAAUUCAUUCUGAAACUCAUAUCGUUGUAACAUAGUAUAUAUUGCAUGUUCACUUCGGAGCCGCCUCUCAUGUAUGCCAACCGUACCGACGGAGGAUGUGAACUUAUCCUCGCUUGUGGCAAAAUCUCUAUGCUUGUGAAAUCAUUGCGAGUAUGAACGGAAGUAGGAGCUCUCUGUCCCGCAUUUGAAGCAGCUGUGGAGUGGAAGGUCUAUGAUGGGCGAACUGGUGUUUAUUUCUCCUGUACAAAUUUCAGCAAUGCACUUGUCUACAGAGCUUUGCUUACCUGCUGUACAAAUUGCAGUGUUCGUGUCCCUACUUAAGCUGUGCCUCAUUCGACACAUAUGUAAUGUCGGGAGCAGAAACCUGAGAACAGAUUUGACCCACUUGCUUGAAAUUUUUCGUCCACCAAUGGCGCUAUCGAAUGGUGAGAACUAUUGCUGAUUUACAAGUAGAGAGAUAUUGAUGCUCUGAAGUGGCUAGGAAAAAGGAGACGAAGAAGCAUUGCAUUCGAUUAGUCGGAAGAAAAUGUGCACAUAUUAUCGGGCUUGCAAAGAUAUCGACUGAUGCAGAUCUCCAUCAGUGUUUUAGACGGAUAUUCUUCUACGCAUCAGGCUUUUAAGCUCCGAGGUCUACUGUAACAUAUUUUUUGGUCAUAAGUUUUUGGCUGACCAUGCUCAAGCUGUGUACAGAAUUUCCUUUGUCGUGUGCUUCACUUUUUGGAUCAACUUAAGUACACUGGUCUGUGGUACCCAGUUUGUUUGUAGGUCCUGUCCAUACACUGGGAUUGUGUUGCAUACGAUGAUAAAAAACGAGAUCGGAAUUCUAGUCGGCGUCAAACGUGGGUUUGUUAAGGCGAAUCAAUCUGCUCCUGGUACUCUCGAUCAGUAUUACUCUCAUUUGAGGAAUACAAGAACUUGUAUCUGUCAUCUGCGACGGUUUCGGUUCCUGCACGAUCAAAAAUUGAUGUCCUCAAUCGGAAGGAUUGUUCCUGACCUUUCCUUCAUGCACUGAUCGGUGGAGCUACGUUUCGAGAUAGAUGAUGCCUUUUCGUACGCUCAACUGGUGGUGCUCAGCGUAGGCUUCGGAAGCGGUGCAGCCGCAUCCACCCGUAAACAUUCAUAUUAUCUUCAACCGCAAUGAACUCCUGAGGAUAUUUUAAAAUAAAUGUUCUAUAUGAGAGAUCUGACGUCUGAGGUUUCCGUGCACUCCUAAUCGCGUAAGAGCAUUUUUAUUGGAUUACGAGAAAUCGUGACGAUGAUAGCUGUAGGUUCUGUGAUUCAUGUUCCACUAUUUGCGCCCUGACAUCACAUUCCAUUCUGGAAACAUUCGGGGACGCUAAAUGAGUUGAGUGUGGCGGGGGAAAUCUUGAGAUAUUAAUAAAAACAAGGAGAGCGAGCGACCGUUCUGGUCUCCGGAAGAUGCAAAUUCUGUACUGCACAGGUCAGAAUUAAUUUUCUA